UUGAAAUUGUGGAGUGAGAGCUGGGAAGGGGGCCUCCCAGAGCUGCUGUGGCUUCCCUGGGCCAGGCGGCACCCCGAGACCGAGCCGGUGCCACGGGGGCUGCCCCCCAGGUCCCAAGUAGAGCCUGCUUGAAGGGGGGCUUGAUGUAACCGGGCCACAGAAAGAGCAGCAUCUGAAUGGUAACUUGGGAAAUACAGCUGCCUUCUGGGGACAUCUGCUUGUGAUAGCACUGAAAUCCUGUUUGUAAAAGCUGGAGUCGGAGGAAGCUGUGAUUCUCCCCUUCUUCAGCAGGCUGGACACCCUCAGAAACCAGAGAUGGAGCUUUUCAUUCGUCCUCAGCGGAAGCAGAGGCUUCCUUUAUGGAGGCUGUGAGAUCCCCAGCUGCCUCUCCUGCCCACACUGCUUGUCCUCAUAGGCCUUGUGCUCCAAGAGAGCCCUAGAGGGCUUUCACUAGUAUAUCUUGGAAGAGAGAACCGGAGAGCACUAGUCCCAAGGACUUGGGUGAUAAUCAGAGCAGAAGCCCUGGCCAAAAAGCUGCUAGGAAUUGCCGACUGGACUGAGGGCCUCUGAUCACCUGAUCUUCCAUGAAAGCUGUUGAGGAAGACUCCUAGGAGAAUGCGUGCUGCAGGCCUAUGCACGGCUUCUUCGCUGGCCUCAGUGGGCUUCCUCCGUUUCCUGGGACUGUCCUGGUCUUGGAGUCUGGCAGCUGCUCUGAGUAUCUAUGUGGGUACUGGUGGUUGGCGUUUCCUGCGCAUUAUUUUCAAGACAGCACUAAGGGACCUUUUUGGCCUCUCUGUGCUGAUCAGUGUCCGCUAUGAGCUCCGACGGCACCAGCGGGCCCGGCACACCAUUCCCUAUGUCUUCCAGAAGGUGGCCAACCGACAGCCACAAAAGGUGGCCCUAGUAGAUGCAGUCAGCGGAAAGCAGUGGACAUUCCAGCAACUGGAUGAGUACUCCAAUGCAGUGGCCAACCUAUUCCUGCAGCUUGGCUUUGGGUCCGGAGAUGUGGUUGCCAUGUUCCUGGAGGGCCGGCCUGAGUUUGUGGGACUGUGGCUUGGCCUUGCCAAGGCAGGAGUGGAGGCUGCCUUGCUCAAUGUGAACCUGCGGCUGGAGCCCCUUACAUUCUGCCUCAGCACUUCAGGGGCCAAGGCCCUGAUCUUUGGGGGGGAGCUAGCAGCUGCUAUUUCAGAAGUAAGUGUGCAGCUAGGGAAAAACCUAGUGAAGUUCUGCUCUGGGGACUUUGGGCCAGAAGGGGUCACCCCUGAUACUCACCUUCUUGAUCCUAUGCUGAGUGAGGCCUCCACAGCACCCCCCAUGCAGAUGCCCCCUAAAGGAAUGGAUGAUCGUCUCUUCUACAUCUACACUUCCGGCACUACUGGGAUGCCCAAAGCUGCAAUUGUAGUACACAGCAGAUACUAUCGAAUUGCAGCCUUUGGGCACCAUGCCUACAGAAUGAAACCCUCGGAUAUAAUUUACAAUUGUCUCCCUCUGUACCACUCAGCAGGGAACAUCAUGGGGGUGGGGCAGUGCCUUCUCUAUGGGCUCACGGUCGUCAUCAGGAAGAAGUUCUCUGCCAGUCGCUUCUGGGAUGACUGCAUCAAGUACAACUGCACGGUUGUUCAGUACAUUGGUGAGAUCUGCCGUUACCUUCUGAAGCAACCUGUUCGGCCAGCAGAAAACCAGCACCAUGUGCGCCUAGCUGUGGGCAAUGGACUUAGGCCUGCCAUCUGGGAGGAGUUCACUUGCCGUUUUGGGGUCCAGCAGAUUGGGGAAUUCUAUGGUGCAACUGAAUGCAAUUGCAGCAUUGCCAACCUCGAUGGAAAGGUGGGGGCAUGUGGUUUCAAUAGCCGGAUCCUGCCCAAUGUGUACCCGAUCCGACUGGUGAAGGUGAACGAGGAUACAAUGGAGUUGCUGAGAGAUACCCAGGGGCUCUGCAUUCCCUGCAAGCCUGGGGAGCCUGGCCUUCUGGUUGGGCAAAUCAAUCAGCAAGACCCUCUUCGGCGGUUUGAUGGGUAUGUCAGUGAAAGUGCAACCAACAAGAAGAUAGCAAAUAAUGUGUUCCGGAAAGGGGACAGUGCCUACCUCUCAGGAGAUGUGCUGGUGAUGGAUGAACUUGGUUACAUGUAUUUCCGGGAUCGGAGUGGAGAUACAUUCCGCUGGCGUGGGGAGAACGUCUCCACAACUGAGGUAGAAGGUGUACUGAGUCGAGUUUUGGGCCAGACGGAUGUAGCAGUUUAUGGAGUGGAUGUACCAGGAGUGGAGGGUAAGGCUGGAAUGGCUGCCAUUGCUGACCCACAUGCUACACUGAAUCCCAAUGCCCUGUACCAGGAGCUUCAGAGAGUACUUCCACCAUAUGCUCGGCCCAUCUUCCUUCGCCUCCUCCCUCAGGUGGACACAACAGGCACCUUCAAGAUCCAGAAAACACGACUGCAGAGAGAAGGAUUUGACUUGCACCAGACAUCAGACCGACUCUUCUUCCUGGACCUAAAGCAAGGGCGAUAUAUCCCCAUGGAUGAAAAUGUCUACACUGCCAUCUGCACAGGAGCCUUUUCUCUUUAACAGAGCUCGAUGUCCCAUCCCUUGCCCUCUUCUUUCCUAGCAGUGAUGGAUGGGACUGAGGACUGAAACCAUAGCCCUACCCUGCCCUGUUCUGGACCCAGCUAGUCUCCUUUUUUCCCAAAGAAUGGGUGUGGUGGGGGAGGGCAAAAGUUGGGCUAAUAUGAUUUAUCAAAAUUGCUUCCUAAGCCCCUCCCUGACCCUACCCUCAGGUGUGGGGCUCUGAUUCAAGCAGGAGCUGAGGUUGGAUAGGACAAAUAGGGUCCUGAAGAGGAGGAUCCUCAGGGUUUCUGGAGUGUUUGAGAGUUGGGUUGCAGCUAAGAGGCCCACAAUAUUCUCUGCAUUUCAGCCCAUGAUGUUUCCCAAAUGAGGGUUUGAUAUCCCAUCACAGGAUGCUAAAUGUGGUUUGGCCUGGCUCCUCUCCCAGGCAGGGCUGGUGGGGGCUGCUGACAUUGACUGUCUCCUGGGGGUUGGGAAUGAGAGGGUAUGGGGAACUGCCACAAAGCCCUGUCUUGUCUGGCCUGCUUCAGCCAGAGUUGGUCAGCAAGGGCCAUUUCUCUGCUUUUCUUUGCUCCUUAAUUACAAACUUUGUCCCAGAGAGGAGGGCUACAAUGUCAAUGCCUCUCUUGCACAGAGGGGACCAUUCCUGCCUGUUUUAUUGGUUGUGCCUUAAGGAACCCUGUCAUUAAGUCACUGUGUUCCAGUACUUUUAACUCAGUUUAAACUUCAGGAGUGGUUUUGCCUUCAUUCCCUCAGUGAGUGCUGUGAGUGGUGGGGACAAUACUCCUGUGGACAGGAGUAGAUUGGUUUGAGAGGCAGCAUGCCAACAUAGAUGAAGUUUGUGCUGAAUCCAAGUUAACUGGAAAUUUCAUGUAUUUGAUCUCUGACCUCCAGUGAAAGCCCCCAACCCAGUCCUGCUGACAGUUACCAUUCAGAAGCCCAGUGCUUGGCCCUUCUGGUAGGGACUAUGCAGAUAACCCAAUACAGCCUUGCUGGUAGUGACCGGUUACUGAUAAACCAAGAGCUUCUCGGGCUCUUUCUUGCUACUUCUUGCAGGUGUUUUCAGGCAUGGCAAUUUUAUUUUCUAGUUUGAGUUUAAAAAAAUAAACUUGAAGAGAACAAGUUAUGAUGAAAAA